AAAUGCAGGAACCAAACUUGCGUGUGGCUGUGCACGUAAGCCUAAGAAACAAGCAGGAAACAGAACUGAUGUAUUAUUGACAUGUUUCGACGUACUAUGGUUAGAACGGGCGACAAAGAUCAUCGGUAGUUUAAGUACGUCUGAAGUCACGCUAGGAGCGCAGAGGUAGUUACAUGGUUCAUUUCUUCGUACCUACAACUUCUACUAGUACUUUGGGGGUAAAUUUCUCUAGCCAUGGUACCAGCAAGGAUUGCGGCGCUUCUGUGCAUUUCCAUUUCUGUGGCGGUUUUGGACACCAGUGGUACCAAAGACAUACGUAUGGACGCCGUGUUUCCUCCGGUCAUCCAACCGAGCAACUCCGGCCUCCCAGUCGGCCACCUGUUACCACUGGGCCACCAGAGAGAGGCAGAAGCGCCCGUCAAGGAGUACGCACAGCCACUGACUCCGAUAGAGCUGUGGGAACAGCACGCAAGACAUCCCUAUGUACCCCUGGUGUACAGACAAGCCAUCGCCAAGGCCCCCGCUGUCACCACCUGGCAGAGUGAUGACUACAUCAGGGAGAAGUAUGGAGACUUGGACGUCCUGGUCGAGAAGAAGUACGAAGAUCGACUAGCUCGUCCGCAAAGGAUGCCACUGAGGGAGUUCUUAGACAACUACCGAGACGAAGACUGGUACGUGGUGUCGUUGCUGCCCGACCCCAUGCGUGCCGAAAUGCAGGUGCCUCGCUCGUUACUCUGCGGGACGUUCAAGAAAAACAUUCUGGAGUCGAACCUGUGGCUGUCUGCCGGUGGCACUAAGUCCCUGCUCCACUACGACGCCGACCACAACCUACACUGUCUGAUCUCCGGGAGGAAAGACUUCAUCAUGAUCGAUUCCAAGUACGAGGACCUUCUAGAGAUGGCCCACAAGAAGCAGUUCUCCGGAUCGAGUUUCUCCCACCUGGACAUGGAUAGUAUCGACCUCCUGAGAAACCCGCGCGUGUCGGAGGUCCCCUGGACCUGGGCCACCCUCCUCCCCGGCGACUGUAUCUUCAUCCCCGCGGGGUACUUCCACCAGGUCCGGUCGUACGGGCGCAGCGUGGCCGCCACCAUCAUGUGGUCCCCGCUAAACCACUUCGACGACUCGGACUGCGCCGCGACGGACAUAGACAAGUACACGGCUCUGAGCGACGUCACCAUACAGUGGACGUACAAGAAGGGAGACAAGUUCAUCGACAUGGGGUACAUGAACGUCGAAAUCAUGAGAGAUUCACUUCUUAAGGUGAUGGAAGUUAAAAACAGCACCAAGCUUACAAAGGAAAUGUUCACCUACUACUACGAGGUCGCCGUUGUCGACGAAGAGGAAGACAAGGAAGUAGAAGAAGAAGACUUGGAAAUGAUCGAGAAGAUGUUUGGCAUCUUGAAUAAGGAUAAGACUGGAUACAUCACACGCCAGAGUCUCGAGGAUCUUGACAUCGAAGUCCUCAAAGACGUGGCUCGUCUUAUGGACGAAACACACGGGCCUGUCGCAGAAAAUGAUAAAGACAGUACACAUGACGAGCUGUGACUGUGACGCAUAAUUAGUUCUUCAAGUUCAAGACAUUCCGUUAGCUCCUUUGAAACUGAUGCUGCUACUUGUUGCUUAAAUAGCGCUUGAUUAGUCUUCUUUGUAGUGAUCAUCACGUUUGAAAUAUACGGUGAUAUAUGCUCAGUCGAAUGGAAAUGUGUACAGUUAAUUGUGUGGAGAAAAGUCAGAGUUUCUCUUGUGUAUCUUUCUGAUAGAUUACUAGUACAUGUAUAUGAGAUAACACGUGUUGUAACAAGUGACCGGUAACUAGAUGUGUAAACGAAGGGGAAAAGGUUUUGCAAUAAAUAUUAUAUACUGUACUGAAGUCCUUUCACUGGAAUUAUACAAUUUUAUUAUUGAUUAUGCAAUAUAGGUCCUCAUUUGCAUAAUGUGCCGCUGAUUGUGUAUACCAUUAAGCUGAGUGUGACUGAGCUGAGUGGCAGAAGUUUUAUACUUGACAGGUACACUGCCGUGCAAUACUUGAUGCUUCAAUAAAGGUUAAUAUGUUUUC